AUGAUGCCACCAGAUGCGAUUGUGGAACUCAUUGAUUUACAAUCUUUGCCGGAGCAUUCACAGACUAUUAAUAGUGAUUUGGUGAUGGGAGGUGGUGGUGGUGCUGAGUGUGGUGGUGAUAGUGAGAAAAUUUUUACACCAAAAAUAUUUAUUUUUAAUAAUCCCUACAAACCCUUAAAUAAACGUCAAAAGCCCUCUGAAGAACUACAACGGGCUCAGAUAAGAAAGGAGUUAGCCAUGGCUGCUUAUUUUGAAGCCAAAACUGAAGUAGUUAAACUUGAAAAAAUAAAACUACAAUUAGAAAUAGAAAAAUUAAAUGAGUAA